UUUUCCAACCACCAUUCUCAGCCUCGCCCCUCGAGCCCUAGCAAACCACUACCCUUUUCCCGACGCGGCGGCGCGGGAGGCGAGAUCACCGGCCGGCGGGUCCUACCCCUUCUCCCCGUCCGCUUGUCCAGCCGAACACCACCGCCGAGCGGGCGCCUCUGUCCGCCGAAUCCCAGCGCGCCGCCCGGUCGCCCAAGGGUUCUCCUCCUCUCGCCGCCGUCGCCUACCCCCCGCGCUCUGCUGGUGCUGGGCCGGCGUCGAGCGGAGCGGGGAUACAAUCGAGCUCGGGUCGAUUUUGUCUUGGACCUGUUGUUGUGCAGAUGCCAGAAGCAGAGUGGAAUGAUGAACGCACUAGAAUUAUCUGUGAACUUUUUGUCGAACAAGUUCAUGCUGGGAACAGGCCAAACACCCAUCUGAACAACAUUGGUUACCAUACAGUUGCCACCAAGUUUCAGCAGAGGACACAGCUUCACUAUACAAAGCUGCAGCUUAAGAACAAAUGGGACAAGUUUAAGAGUGAUUACAUCACUUGGAAGAAGCUGCUUGUAGUGGGGGCGGGUUUACCCUGGGACUCGGCAAGGGGAACAUUCGUUGCUGACGAUGAAUGGUGGAAGAAGACAAAUAAGGAGCUGCCUGGUGCAAGGAGAUACCGCAAUCUUGGUCUGCAACACGAGGAUAAGUUGAAAAUAAUGUUUGACUACAUCACCAGUAAUGGCGUGGAUCCUUCACCACCUGCUCCAGAAAGCCCGAAGAAUGGUUUUGAUCAUUCGCCACCUGCUGCAAGUGGUUUGCCAUCUGCUGCUGACAGCCCCAUGAAUGGAGUGGAUCAUUUGGUUCUGACCGCAAAUAGUCUGCCAUCUGCUCCAGACAGAGUAGAUCAUUCGCCGGAGGCCACACAUGGUCUCCCAUGCGCCGCCAUGAAUGGUGUGCACCUGGAUGGAUCAGACAACAAUGCUGAAGGUAAUGAUGACGCACAUCGAGAGCCUGUGUUUCAGUAUACCUCAAACAGGAGGAAGAGACCUAUUCAUGUGAUUGCGACGAAGAAGAACAAGAAAAGUAAGGCUGAAACUGCUCUGCUCAUGCAGUCUCACUUGAGUCGCAUAGCGGAGCUGGCUCAAAAAGCACAGGACACUUUCGAGAAGUUCAGCUCCCAGGCUGACACACAGCCAUGGCCUAGCAUCCAGGAUGUCAUGACAUUGGUUCGUGAAUGUGGAGCACGGUCCGGAAGCAACGAACAUUUCAUUGCGACUGAGCUGUUCGUCAGCAGAGAACAGAGGGAGAUGUUCAUGACCAUGGAAACGGCCGAAGAACGGUUCCAGUGGCUUCGAAGGAAGUAUAUUGUCAAGUAUCUAUCAAAUACAAAUUUGGGUCCUAGAUAAAUGACCCUAGACCUUUAUUUUAGGUUCCGUGCUAAAUGUUUUAGGUUUUUUUAUUGACAUGACUCAUUUUUUACCGUAUCCUGACUAGUGUGCAUUAUAUCCUGACAAGUAUGGUUGUAAAGUCUCAUCUCAGAAUGCGUAGCUGAACUCUGGUCUCACUUGUUUUCUGUGUAGCAUUAUCUUUUAUGAUAUUAUGUUAACAUAAAUUACAUAUGUACAUUCAAGUUGUGAGUUUGUACAUCUGAAUAUGAAUACAUAAUUGCUUAUGCUCAUAUCUGAAUAUGAAUACGUAAUUGUAGGAAGAAUUGGGCCGAAAUGGGGUUGGGCCUUUUCAAGUAGUCACAACGGCCCAGCUAUAUGCUCCCCCAUUUUCCAACCGCGCGAAUUGAGCAUUAUCCAUCCAAAACUCCGAAGGGAACGGCAGCGACGCUCGCUCGCCGGAGCUUCACCCGCGCUGCCGCUUCCUUUCCAGCGGCUAGUAGUGUCCACGCGAUGGCCGCGUGCGCCGCUCGCUGCCUCUUCAUGUUUCCCCUCCUGCCCCCGAAAUUCCCGCUGCCUCAUCCUCCACUCAGGCGGCGGCGCGGGGGCGGGGGCGGGGCCUGCAUUGGUGCUGCCCGCUGCAGCCCCGAGGCCAGCGGUGGGUGGGGAGGCAUUGUCGAGGACGACCUUGCUGAGCUGCUGCAGAUUCUACCAAGAGAUUUACGAGAUAAUCUGCAGAAUGAACCUAGAAAGGACCAGCUGUUGGAGGUCGUUCUGGAUUUGGGGAGACGACCAGAGGCACGUUUCCUUGGUGACUCUGGUGGCCAAUAUCUAAGGGACAGUGAGGUAUGGUACUGCCAUGCAAUCUCAAAUUCGUAAAAUUAUGUUUACUUUGUUUGUGUGUACUUGCCUUGUCAAUAUUGUGAAACCCAAUCAUAUGGUCAAAGGAACAUGGAAAGUCAUUUUUGUUUCCAUGCACUAUUAUUAGUGUCAACCUUGCAUCUUUCGUAUGAUAUAAGUUGGAAAUCAUAUUAGUCAGUCUCAAGCCUGCUUCUGACUGGCAGCGAGUUCCAUUCUGGUCACAGAUAUGUACUGAUCACAUGCAUAAUAAUAUUUUCUUUUUUAGUGCACACAAAGAAAAAUGUGAAUUGGCACGCAAAAUCACAGUUAAUAUGUCCUCUUAAUUGUAUUUGGCAUAUGAUAGAUCUCACAGCAAGAGUUGGAGGCAGCUCAGCAAGCUGUAGGUGAGUUUGGAGGUGACAACCGUGCAGGAAUUGAAGGUACUUUACAUAGAAUAUCUGCUAUAAGGAGCAGAAAAGGAAUGGUUGUUGGUUUGACCUGUCGAGUUGGCCGAGCUGUUACUGGACAUGUUGAUAUGGUCCGUGAUCUCCUAAAUUACAAAGAAAACAUUCUGUUUUUGGGAAGGUACCUCACCUUGUUUCUUCAUCAUGAGGAUCUUGAUUGCUUCUUCCAUCUGUCUUUUUACAGAUUAAGAUGAUAAAAAUGAAGCUAGUAGAUAGUUGUGUUCUAUGAGUACACACUGCAUGGGGAUAUCAUUAGGACUACAACCGUAAAAUAUAUGGUGAUAUAUAUGUUAUUCAGGAAUGGAGAGCAACAGGAGUCUAGGGUUGUGCUUUUUGUGUCGAUAUUUUUUAUGUUUUUUCAAUGGGUCCUGUUUUUUACCGAAUGAAGCUGAAGUAGAUUUCCAGAAUGCUCAAGAAUAAAUUCAUAAGUAUUUUCUUGAUAUGUGACAGCACCAAGAUAUUGAACCUAUAAGUUAAAAAUGUUUAAAAUAAAAAUACUGGAAACCAACAUUUUUGUCAAGUGCAAUCCUGCAUUCAUGAACCAGUUCAGGAAGUUUCACGAAUGCUUUAGAGCCAUUGGUAUAUACAUUUUUGUGUUUGUUGUGUGCCAUUUCCUUAUUUGGGCAUCGAGCAAGAUUUAUGUAGUGCACAUUAUUUUGUUUAUUCAGGCCUGGGGUAGGCAAGACAACUGUUAUGCGUGAGAUUGCACGUGUUCUAGCAGAUGAAUUUCAGAAAAGAGUGGGCAGGUAAUUGUGGACACAAGUAAUGAGAUUGGUGGGGAUGGAGAUAUUCCUCAUGCUGCUAUUGGUGGUGCAAGAAGAAUGCAAGUUCCUGAGCCAUCAAUGCAGCAUAGAGUAAUGAUUGAAGCAGUUGAAAACCAUAUGCCUGAGGUGGUUAUUGUAGAUGAGAUUGGAACUGAAGCAGAAGCACAAGCUUGCCGCUCAAUUGCAGAAAGGGGUGUGAUGCUUAUUGGUACUGCCCAUGGAGAACGGCUUGCGAAUAUCAUUAAAAAUCCGACCUUAUCUGACUUGAUUGGAGGUGUAGAAACUGUUACUCUCGGUGAUGAUGAGGCUCGUGCUCGACGCAGUCAGAAAAGUAUUCUGGAGAGGAAGGCCCCUCCAACAUUCCCAUUCCUUAUUGAGAUGAGGGAGAGGCAUUACUGGGUAACUCAUCGGGUAUGUCUGUUAUUUUUACAUGAACAAUCAAAAUACAGGAAUAAAUACACCUUUCCUUUAAAUGUCAAUAAGAUAAUGGGGGUGUUAGGAAGUGUGUGGUGAUAAUUAGGUUUCUCAGAUUUAGAUAAUGGUGAUAUAUUAUUCGAAAGCAUGAUUUCCUGCUUUGCCGGUGCCAAGAUCUGUGCAUUUUCAAACUAUACAAAUGAAGUUAUGCUAUGUUACAAUAUUCCCAUCACUAAUUCUUUACUAAGGUUGCUUGACCUUUGUUGUAUCAUUGUUAUUGCAUUUUGUAGUCCUGUUCACCACUGUAGCUCCUGCUCUUUUCCCUUUUUUUCUUGAACGCGCAGGAGAACUCCUGCUCUUUUCCCUACAGCCAAGAAAAUUUUCAGAGUUUAGGAUCCUCAAUAUAGUCUACUCGUAAAAAGAUGUGAUGGUAAUUUAUGUUCUCCAGUUGAGCCAAUCCUAAUAUACUGUGCCUAUUUUGUUUCUGCAGACAGAAAGGAGUGUGGAUAUGCUACUUCAUGGAAAGAAGCCACUGGUUGAGGUAACAUUCUACCUAGCAUGUCUCUACCAGUUUUUUGGUACGACCGUAUGAGGAAUUUCAAGGGUUCUUUGUGGUUGUUUGAGCAGAUAUUGCUGUGAUCUACAGAAAUGGGAAUUAGGAUCAUUUCAGUUGUUUCUAUGCCUAUAUUCUUGUUUCAUUGUUUGCUUCAGCGGUAAAUCUCAUUUUAAAGCAUGCCAUCUUAACACGCACUUGUUGCUAUACUGCUAUGUUUAUUCGAACCGAUGAACUCUUUAUACAAAUGUAGAGUAUAUUUUUGACAGUUUUGUUACAGAAUUUUCAAGUGAUUAUUUUGUCUAGUGAAGCAUGCUUUUAGCAAAACUUUAAUUUCCAUUGGUGACUAAUCGUAUUACAGGUAAGGAAAAGGGAUAACGAAUUUCAAGUUGUUAUUGAAAGAUGGGCAACAUAUGAUGGAGAUGGACUCUGAACUCCAAAUUCACACCUUAUAAUUUCUUCUAUCAAAUCACGUGCUAUCAACUAUACUGAGCCUCUUAUUCUGAGGUGGUAUGGGCUGAUCCUAAUCCCAAAGGAUUUCAAUGGUCUUGGUAUUCUGGUCAAGUUACUGACACUACACAUUUAGAUGGUGAAUUAAAAGAAGAAGAAGAAGAAGCAUCUUUGGUCAACUACAUGGUGAACAUUUGACUGAUUACCUAUGGCAAGCUUGUUGUUACAUAUUAAUACACUGCAGAUAAUUUCAUACUAAUUAGGUAGAAGGUACUACUUUGUGUCUGUAUCAGGUAUUGUUAGCACUCUGUUAAAUUGUUGUACCAAUUUGAAUGUAUAUUUCAAUAUAUGUAUUUUCUUCUAAAAAAAUCUGUGUAUACAUCUAAAUUGUAUGAUGUGUACUUAUCAUUUUAGCUGUUCCUAAUAUACUCAUAUUCAUUUUCUAUAUUUA